ACAAAGCAAGGAGUUUUGAAGAAAAAUAUAUCUUAAAUGCUCUUUCCAUCUCAUGCAGUGUUUUUUCCGCAACCCCAUUAUAUAAAUAACUCAAAAGAGUUCCCUUUACUAAUAUACUUCAUGAAUCAACAAGAAGAUGAUGGGAAGAAAAUGCAGCAGAAGGUCUCUUAUGGAGUUCCCAAUCCCCCUCAUACACACCCUAUUCCUCCUUUUGUUCCCACUGCCUCUACUCUCCGAGCACAACAAUUUCGUUCGUCAGCCAGCUGGUCAACUCAUCAUCACACCACAUCAACGCUCCCAUUCUGAUCCGCAACAGGUGCACAUUUCAUUGGUGGGGAAAGAGAAGAUGAGGGUGUCGUGGAUAACGGAAGAGAAGCGUGCAGAAUCUGUGGUGGAGUACGGAACAGAGUCAGGGGAAUAUAACGCAAAAUCAACGGGGGAGCAUACCUCGUACCGAUAUUUUUUGUACAAUUCCGGCAAGAUUCACAACGUUGUUAUUGGUCCUUUGAAACCAGGCACCACUUACUUCUACAGGUGUGGAGGGUCGGGCCCAGAGUUUUCUCUCAAGACACCUCCACACAACUUCCCUCUUGAAUUUGUCGUCGUUGGGGACUUGGGACAAACAGAAUGGACUGCAUCAACCUUGAAACAUGUCGAAAGCAGGGAGUACGACGUUGCGUUGUUACCAGGAGAUCUAUCAUACGCAGACUCCCAACAACCUUUGUGGGACUCCUUUGGUCGUUUGGUGGAACCCUAUGCCAGUAAAAGGCCAUGGAUGGUUACUGAAGGCAACCACGAGAUCGAGAUUUUCCCCAUUAUUUACCCACAACCCUUCCAAGCCUACAAUGCUCGUUGGCCUAUGCCCUUCCAACAAAGUGCUUCCACCUCAAACCUCUAUUACUCCUUCCAGCUUGUUGCCACCCAUGUCAUCAUGCUAGGUUCCUACACUGACUUUCACGCCCAGUCACAACAAUACAACUGGCUCCAGUCUGAUCUCGCCAAUAUUGACAGGGCCAAGACACCUUGGCUCAUUGUGUUGUUGCAUGCACCUUGGUAUAACACUAAUGAGGCACACCAAGGUGAAGGUGAAUCCAUGAGACAAGCCAUGGAACAAUUGCUUUAUAAUGCCCGUGUUGACUUGGUUUUUGCUGGCCAUGUUCAUGCCUAUGAACGCUUCACUCGAAUUUACGAUAACAAAGUUGACUCGUGUGGACCCAUGUACGUCACCAUUGGAGACGGAGGAAAUCGAGAGGGGCUUGCGUUAACGUUUAAGAACCCUCCAAGCCCGCUCUCGUUGUAUCGAGAACCAAGCUUUGGACAUGGAAGGUUGAGAAUAGUAAAUGAAACACACGCACACUGGUCGUGGCACCGAAACAACGACACUGAUGCAGUCGUAGCUGAUGGCGUUUGGAUAGAGAGUUUAAGCAGCUCCCAAGCAUGUUCGAUACAACAAGAUGCUCCCAACGAAGAGCUAUAAAGGUGAAUUCAGUUAUAAUAGGACAAUGAUAUUUUUAUAAUUUUUUUUUGACAUUUUUUUUAUAACAAAAUCCGUGUCAUCAUUUUAUUGGUAUCUGUUAUCAAAAAAUUAUUAAAAAAAUGUUGCUAAAAAAUUUUUUUCCCUUGUAAUAUUAUGUUUGAGCUCAAUGCACGAUUCAAAUAUACCCUCUAUUUUGAUAA